CGGCCAUCCCUAGUCCACAAAACACCCUUUCUUCCUCUCAAUUUUCCCUUUUGGCUGUCACACCCUCUUCUAGUUUAGUAAUUAGUUGAGUUCCUCUCGUAUCAGGCAACGGUAGCUCAAAGCGAAAACCCUAGCUCUCUCCCCUACAAUGAACUGCUCAAUCUCCGGCGAGGUUCCGGAACAGCCCGUGGUGUCGAAGAAAUCUGGACUGCUAUAUGAGAAGCGGUUAAUCGAGAGGCACAUCUCGGAUUUUGGAAAAUGCCCAAUUACGGGGGAACCACUUACACUGGAUGACAUUGUUCCAAUCACGACAGGCAAGAUAGUAAAACCUAGACCUCUACAAGCUGCUAGCAUACCUGGCAUGCUCGGAAUGUUCCAGAAUGAAUGGGAUGGUUUGAUGCUAUCCAAUUUUGCAUUGGAACAACAACUACAUACAGCGAGGCAAGAGCUAAGUCAUGCUCUAUACCAGCAUGAUGCUGCUUGCCGUGUGAUUGCAAGACUUAAAAAAGAAAGGGAUGAAGCGAGGUCAUUGCUUGCUCAGGCUGAUAGGCAGAUACCCAUGUCAGCAUCUGCGGUAGUUACAGCAAACGCUCCUGUGAUGAGCAAUGGUAAAAGAGCUGCUGAGGAUGAGGAGUUUGGCCCUGGGGGAAAGAGAAUACGACCUGGAAUAUCUGCCAGUAUUAUUGCUGAAUUAACUGACUGUAAUGCGGCUCUUUCACAGCAGCGCAAAAAGCGCCAGAUACCUCCAACGGUGGCUACCAUUGAUGCUCUGGAAAGGUAUACUCAGAUUUCUAGUCAUCCGCUCCACAAAACAAGCAAACCGGGCAUUGUGUCUCUUGAUAUCCAUUUUGAAAAGGACAUAAUUGCAACCGGAGGGCUUGACACAAAUGCAGUACUUUUUGAUCGAUCAUCAGGGCAGAUCUUAUCUACACUCAGUGGUCAUGCUAAAAAGGUUACCAGUUUAAAAUUUGUUGCUCGGGGUGAUUUAUUCUUAACUGCCUCAGCUGACAAGACUGUACGUUUGUGGCAAGAGUCUGAUGAUGGGAACCAUAACUGUAGACACAUCUUAAAGGAUCAUACUGCGGAGGUGCAAGCUAUUACAGUCCAUGCAACCAAUAACUACUUUGUGACUGCUUCUCUUGAUGGCACAUGGUGCUUUUAUGAACUUUCUUCUGGAUUAUGUCUCUCACAGGUUGUGGAUGCCUCAGAUUCUAAUGGCUAUACUUCUGCAGCAUUUCAUCCUGAUGGUCUAAUUCUUGGAACAGGCACUUCUGAAGCUGUUGUUAAAAUUUGGGAUGUGAAAAGUCAGGCAAAUGUUGCCAGAUUUGAUGGACAUGUUGGGGCUGUAACUUCAAUAUCUUUCUCUGAAAAUGGCUACUUCCUUGCGACUGCAGCUCAUGAUGGUGUUAAGCUGUGGGAUCUACGAAAAUUAAGGAACUUCCGGACAUUUGCUCCAUAUGAUUCAGAUACCCCAACAAACUCCGUGGAGUUUGACAGUAGUGGGAGUUACCUUGCAAUAGCUGGAUCGGAUAUAAGAGUUUACCAAGUUGCAAAUGUGAAGUCAGAAUGGAAUUGUAUCAAAACUUUUCCCGAUUUAUCUGGCACAGGUAAAGCAACUUGUGCAAAAUUUGGGCCAGAUGCGAAAUAUAUGGCAGUAGGAUCGAUGGAUAGAAACCUCCGCAUUUUCGGCCUGCCCAGCGAGGAUGGUUCAUUAGAGUCUUAAGGCACUUUCAAGUAGCAGUAAGUGGGAAGUGGAAGUCUUGGUAUUUCUUGAGGUUGCUGUUUACUUCGACGUGUAAUUUAUUUAUUGGCUUGAGGAAAUGGGUGGUAGAAUUCUUCAAUUAUAUGGUGUAGAAACUAUUGCCACAUUCCUCUCCUUUGAGCAAAGAGUACCCUUGAGCAUUCCGCUUCGAUCUUGCGAGAUGCGGUCUCAACUGAGCUGGAGACACUCAUAUUUGUCGGCACUUGAUUAAUUAUCAUCAUCACUUUCUAAAGUUGGUACCCCAUCUCAUGUAUCAUUUCCUUUUCUUUUUUCUCUUUUUUUUUUUCCAAUUUUGUUGUAAUCAGAUUUUGCCGCUUUGGAAUAGGUUUUUGGCUAACGUUAGCGUUCUAUCUUUUGUAUGUCCGAUUGUGGGUGGCUGACAGGACAAUAUAUUCAGAACUGUUCUCGGUUCUUA